AUGGGGAAGCCCUCGCUGCCGACCCUACUGGCCAUUUGUGCCCUUGCAGCCAACUACGGCUCUCGCUCUGUGCUGCCGGUGGUGUCCCACGUGAUCUGCAGUGACUCGCACUGUUCCGCCUCGGAGCUUGUGGGGGCUUCUGCCAGUGCCUUCUUUGCCGGGGACUUGGUGGCGCAGCUGGCAGCCAAGCCGCUCGUGCAGCGCUACAGUGGGCAACAGCUGCUGAGCUUGGGCACAGCUGCCUGGGCUGCAGUGCUGCUACUGGUUCCGCUAGCUGUGCAGGGGCCGAUGCUUGGGCUUCUGCUGCUGAAGUUGCCGUUCGGAUUCUGCUGCGGCCUCGGCUACCCGGCCGCGCACGCACUCCUGGCGGAGGCCGUGCCAGCCACAGAGAAGGGCUUGGCCGUGAGCUUGAUCGUCAGUGCAUCAGCCAUGGGAGCGAUGAUUAGCAACUUCAUCACUCCUCAGCUCGUCGAUUUCUGCGGCUGGCCAACUCCGUUCGUGCUGUUUGCAGUCCUUGGCGGCGCCACUGCUGUUGCCAUCCGUAUGCUUCCGAGCUCUCGGCCCAAAGCGAAGGCCCUCGUGGCUGAAACCGCGGACUGGGAGGAGCUGCUUGUCUGGUCCAAGGAGCCCCUAAUCCUCGCGAUUUAUUUCGCCAUGUACGCUUCCGGUGUCGCCAAUGCCUUCCUCUACAGCUUCGUGCCCAGCCUCUUCGUGGAAGCCUAUGGGGCGCAGGUGUCCGAUCUUGCGUGGCUUACAGCCGCCGCCCCGCUCUGCAACUCGGUGUGCUGCGUUCUCAGUGGCAUCCUGGCCGAUCGGCUGGCCAAAUCCUGGCCAACACACCGCUGCCGGAUGCUCAUGCAGCUCUUGGGCACUGCGCUGCCUGCUCUGUGCCUGGUGACCAUCUGCAGUUCGGAGAGCCGUUUCAGCGUCUCCAUCCUGCUGACUCUCUGGAUGGGCACCCAUGGCUUCCAAACUUCCGGGCUCACGGCGUUGUUUCACGACGUCGCCCACACCAGGGCCAGCGAGCUCUUCGCGAUAGGGAACGUCUUCAGCAAGUUUGCCGGCAUCCUUGCAGGUCCCAUGUUCAGCAGAAACGCGGCCCUCUGGGGCUGGAAGUGCGUCCUCUGCGGCUUGUCGGUCCACUACGCGAUGUCCGGCAUCGUCCUUAUCAGCCUCAUGCACAGAAGCAAGGAAGCGGGCAAGCUUUUCUCUACGGAAGAGAAGCUGCAUGCCAAGCCCGUGGCCUUGAAGCUGGAUGCUCGUCUGCAGGACGGCAGGAUGACUCAGGCGCUGUUGUGCCCUGCCAUACAAACUCAGGAGCAGACCAGUACAGGGCGAAAGACAGCUGGAGGUGUCGAUAUCGCAGCUCAGACUUCGGAGGCCUCUGAGGCGGACUUCAAGGAGUACGCAAAGAGCCUCGGCGUGGAGCUUGAGAAGGAUGUCGACCUGGUCUGGGUUGCUAGGGAGGCCUUUGAAGCUCCGCUACCGGCAAGCUGGUCCGAACACCUGGACCAGGAGCGACGGAUUUACUUCUUCAACCAGGUGACACAGCAAAGCAGCUGGAAUCAUCCCAUGGACGAGGUCUUCCGGGACCUGAUCCAUCUCAUCAAGUCAGUCAGGAGGCUGGAUCCGCCCGAAGCCUCGGUGGUGGAAGCCGUUCAGACGCACCUCCAAAGUUGCCACGACCGAGCUUCGGCGGCCCUGGAUGGAUGGAGUGGGCCCUAUGCCGCCGAAGACGGCGAGUACUUCUACCACGCGGAGCAGGGUGUCAGCACCUGGCACAACCCCGUGGAGGAGUGGCAGACAGAGCUUUCCGUUCGUCAGCAGGUGCUCCACCGCUGUCUGCUGCACGAGAGCCCUCCCAGCAAGGCUGCCAACGGCAUCGCCAGGGCCGGCAGGGGCGCAAGCAGGGACACCUCACCUCCGGCACUGCCGCUGCAUUUGGCCAGGCCGAUGGCUGAAGGCGCCACGCCGCCCUCUCCAAGCUCAGCCAGGUCGUUUGCCACCUGCAUCUCUGCACGAUCUACUUCAAUCACUCCUCGAAGCCGCCGCCCAUCUCUCUGUGCCAGUGAGGCACCCUCGAGGAAUAACUCCAAGCAGAGAGCGGAGAUGCCGGCGCAGCGGCCAGAGAAAGGCCCAGAGAACAGCGGCAAAGAAGCGGAGGGAGCUGGAGGCUACGGCCCGGGGCGGCUGCCCAGGGGCUUCGACGAUGCGCCCAGGGCAGGCAUCGCCGCCUUGCGCCUAGCUGCCGCAGGGCUGGAGGCGGCCAACGGCGUUUACCAGGUAACUUCCAAAGAGAAGUUUGGCGCGCCCGUGUUCCACAACAUCUCUCAGCCAGGCUUCCGCAUUCUGCGAGACGAGCAGCUGAACAAGGGGAGAGCUCGACAUGGCUGGCUGCUGCUGUCGCCAGAAGGGGUGGCUCUCUACGGUCUUCCCACGGAGUCCGUGACUGUUCCAGUAUCGACCUGGCGCUGCUAUCAGGCACCGCAGCCUGCCCCGCGAAUCGAAGCGUUUCAGGCUCUCACAGAGGCGGUGAAUGCCUUCGUGGAUGCGGUGGAGGAAUCGGUGAAGGAGGCCUUGGUUGCAGAGGACUGGCAGUCCGCGCGCGAGGCCUCCACUUCAGCACUGGAAGGCCUUUGCCUCUCCGGCCAGCGCUUCGGCGAAAGCUUCGAGGCGCGUGCGGUUGCCCUCCUCCGCUGCAGGGCCAGGGCUGCCCUGGCGCUGAGGGACUUUAAAGCCGCACUGCGGGACUCCGUGGUCAUCCUCGAGCUUUCGCCGGGUGAUGCUGCUGAGGAGAUGGCGCUCACUGCAGCUGCGGAGCUGGGUGCAGACGCCGAUGAGCUCCUAGAGGUCAUCCGCCGCGGCGGCAUUUUGGACCGCUGCUCCCCGCUGUCGCUGCGGGUUGUAGAGCAGUGGGUGGAGGAUGUUGCGAAGGUUGCGGAGGCCCGUGCAAACCUGCGGCUUCGGCAGUCUGAAGGUCUCGACGACGCACAGCAAGAGGCCGAGCAGGCCGAGCAGGCCGAGCAGGCGCCGGCUUCUUCCGGGGAGCGCAGCAUCAAAUCCUUGAGCGGCUCCGAGGUCACGGACGUCUACCAUCGUGGCUUCGUGGCGUGGGCCGGCUUUCCUCGAGCAGAAGAGAUGCGGGAGCCCCUGUUCUUCCAUGAGUGGGUCUUGUGGCUUGGCAACCAGCUCUCCAUUCUGAACUGGCGUCUGCUGGCCAGACGGAAGGGGGUGCAAUUGGAAGACAGCACGGCGAUGUCACCACGAUCGCAGCAAAGGGCUGCGGUCGAGGCCCUGGUCGCUGCCUUCGAAUCUGCCGGGCGGCCGCCAGUGGAGGCACCGGAGGCGCUCGGGCGGCCAGUGCUUUGCGAUGCGGAGGCUGUGCUGCAGCAGGUGAGCCGAGUUGUUCCGGGCCUGAGAAGCCGCGUGGCCUGCAUCCACCUGAGCGCAUGGUUGAUGAGGAGCUUGAGAUUACUUUCGGGUCUGGCGGACUUACGCUUCCACAGUUCGGCCAGAGUGAGGGUGCCAAGGAAUGAGAGUUCCAACUUACACACUGCCGCGACUGCUCGGAAGCCGUUGCCCGAGCCGUCGUGUGCCUUGACAAGCUUCGCAUGGGUGCAACUCAUGAUCUCUUUGACAGAGAAACAGUCCUCUAAUCUUUUCCGAUGCACCUUUCUCAGCUCGUGCGAAGACGUCGAUCUGGCUGCUCGAGUGCCCAUCAAGCUGUGA